AUGAGCCAACCGAAGCCCUCACUGCAGCGGCACAUCCGGAAGAACAGCCAACCCUCGCCUACCUCACCAGCGUUCCCACGUCGACAUCAUGAUCGUCCGAGAUACAGCGACCCGUUCUCGCCAGUAGACACUCCUUCCGCCACCACUACAUCGUCAGACAGCCCGUCAAUCGAUGUUCACAUCCCCUCGUCGUCCUUCGACCAAGGCUAUGCGACAGCCGGCGCAGAGGCAGCAGCGAAAUCCGCCUGGCACCGGUCAGCGGGCCCGCGGCUCUCUGAUGAUGCCACAAAUCGGCGACCUCCUAUGCUUGCGAGCGUGGGAAGACCCUUCACAAGUGAUGCAGUCAAUACGCACAAUCAGCAGUAUAGCCCGGACAGCACGUUACAGGAUCCGGCCCUGAGGCCUCUGCCGGCCGCCAACAGCCCUCGCUUUCUGGCAGCAGCAAGAAGCUCGUCCGAGUUCUCUCCCCGUUAUGUUGAAGGACCGUCGCCUGUACUACGCGGCUACUCGCCUCAGAUGAGCAAUCGAGAAUUUCGAGACGAUCCAGCGAAACUGCAAGCCCAGAAGAGGAGCCGCUUGAAUCUCCUGAAUCCGAUGAGUCUACUUGCACGCCGGCGCACAUCACAGAAUCCCGCAGAAGCGUCUGACUUGACCAUCAAUACGAUGCAUGUCCCCGCUAUGCCAGAGAACUUCAAUCCUAGCAUACGCGGUACCAUCACCCAUGACUUUUCAGCGCCACGGUCCAGAAGAACGCCUUCGAGCACCGAUCUGGACGGUCUACAGAGCGCCUCCACUGAAACAUUCACGCUGACGCCCAGUAUGCAACGGACUCACAGUCCCGCAUUCCGUGAACAUUUCCAGGAUGAUUCAAGAGCGUUGCGACCAGAACAAACAGCCUAUCUUCACCACGCAGCUGGACAUGCGGCCUUCAAAGAUAGCAAUCUCGAACACAAGUUGCCGGCAUUCGCAAAGAAGCUGCCAUCGAAGGUGCCCGAGCAAAAUCUUGGCGAUCCGGCCUUCUUGAACCACGAUAAUUCGAACAGACCGUUGCCUCAAGCGCCUAUAUCGCCACCACCGCCUAUACCUCCUCCAAAGAAUACACCACCAUUGCCGCCUCCUCAGCCUCAAAAGCCACCUCCUCUUCCGCCAAGCGAAGCGAAGCAAACACCCGCCACGCCUCCGAGAGAAGCCCAGACACCCUCGCCACCACUGAGAAUUCCAAGCGCGAGCAAGUUGCCCAAGCAUAUGACAAGCACGUCCUCUCGCUUCAGUUUCCAGAUCGCUUCGUCAACUCAGGAAAAGCUUCUGGAGGAGAAACAUAAGCAAUAUCAGGCCAAGGAUCGGGGAAGUGUUUUGAGUCACGGACACGGUGUGGACGAGGACAACUUCGAUGACUAUGAUUUUGACGCGGAUGCUGGCAUGGAAGAUGAGAUCCCCGAGUUCAAUGUCGACGAUUACGACGGAAACGACGGCUUCGACCAGGAUGAAGUGCCAUUCGAUCGAUCAAAGAUAGAAAUAUCGACGUCGACCUCGCGGCAACCACAGCAUCCUCAAUGGGCGGCAGUAGAGGACGAUGGCUUCAACACCGAUGAUACACAUUACGACCGGUCAAAAAUUGAGAACAUGACAUCGACCAAACCGGAUCCGAUUCAAAGCUUUCAUUUCACGCCAGAAUCGCUCACCUUCAGUCCGACAAGCCCUAAUAACAUGUCUCAGUCAACUCCGAGAGAUGACGCGAGGAUGGCCAUCGGUGUAGCUGACACCAGAGAUGCGCUCACAAAACCUUACGGCCAUCGCAGAUCACAAUCAGCCGCGAGCUUGGACGAGACUACAGAGUACUUCGAUGGACUCGGGAUCAAGACAAGCGAUGAUGCUUUGAGAGAAAGGCCCGUCAAUCGUGUGUCAGGCAAAGUGCAUUUCGACGAUGCGGACAUGUACUUUGACGAUGGCGAAUUUGGAAACGACAUUCCCGACCACGACACAGGUGAGCCUUUCGACGAGGACACGCUCGACAACGAGAACGCAGUUCGCGAUAUACCUGCUGAGAAUUUGCGACGGUACGAGUCUGCCAAGAACAAGGCUGGUGCAGAGGGCAAAGUGAAAGUGCAAGAAAUAGCACCUGAGGCUGAGCCUAGAUCAAGCACGUUCAACUUCCAGGAACCCAGUCGAUACAGAGGAUCUAGCGUGUCGGUGGUUGCUGGCCUCACGGAGGACAACCUUGCAGCCUAUCACGACAUGCUAGCACACGCUGCUAAUGAAGCUGCGGCCAAUGGCAAGUUCAACCGUGUGAGCUUCAGCCAGGACUCGGAAGAUGAGUCGCAGCCAGGAAUUAUAUCAUCCGAGCAGAGCCGAAAUAGCAAUAAUUUUGGUGCAUCUGGGAUUGCCUAUGACGAUGGAUUUCCUUUCGACGACGAUGAUAUGUUCGACGAGACGAUGAUCGCAGCAGCAAACGCGGAAGCACUUGAAAAUGACGACGACGGCUUCUAUGGCCAGGAGCAUGGUUUCUAUGCGAGAGCACGCAACAAGGACGAGAGCGAUAUGGUCAACGGCGGUUUCUUCGCACCACGAGGAUCUGGGUCCAAUGGAAUCAAGCGAAGCCACAGUGGGCGUGCGAACUUCCAGGAACCGAGUCUUACGCCCAUCACCGAAAGGAGCGAAUGGAGCACGCGGAACUCGGUGGCCUCGCUCCAGAUCCCAGGCGGCAUACCUCAGUCAGCAACUUCCUUACCAAGUCCAGGAAUCGCUCAAUUACUUGAGCGUGACUCUCCUGUUCAUGACGACGAUAUGACACUUAGUGCGCUCAUGAAAUUGCGACGUGGUGCAUUUGGCGGGAGCUCGUCCAGCGUGGGCAGUCUGACAGGACCGAUGCAUAACUCGAUCGGCUCUCCUCUGGCACAGAACCAUGCGCAUCCGUUCCCAGCUCAUCAUGACAACUCCCAUAUGCGUUCAAGCUCAUCUGCUCAUAGCAUUCUUGAGGCGGACGAUGAGGACGACUACCUUGGCGUGGAGGAGCGGACCAUGACGCAAAACACACCGAUGAAGAAGCCCUCGGAGCCGUAUCAGCCCGGCACGCCUUCGGGCAGUGAUGGAAGGGCUAUGUCUCCAACAUUCGGUCUGACAUCGGCUGGCAGCAAGAAGAGCAAUCACAGCCGCGCGAGCAGUGGCGCUGAAAGUGUGAGCUACAGCCGUGAAGCUGAUGGAAGAUGGGUCCUCGAAAGGCGGCGUACAGGAGAAAUGGAGGUUGAACGGGAGUACUUGGACGCUGCCAGGAUCUGA